AUGACUGAAAUUAAGGCUUCUUCUUCAACUGUUUUUAACUCUCCACGAACAAACAAGGUUUCGGAAACCCAAAGAAGAAUUCCUCUACGGAAGGAUGUUGUUAAUGGAGACGAGAUCAGAACGUUUGAAUUCGACGGUUGCUCGUCGGGCAAUUUUGGAGUUUCACUAGAAAACAAAGCCACCGGAAGCUCAAAUCGUACAAGAAGUGCUUUGGGGAAUAUAAGAAUAGCUGAAAUAUCGCCUGAUGGUGCAGCUAAACAGGACGGAAGGCUAUCGGUCGGAGAUCGAGUCUUGGAAAUUAAUGGCCAUGAUUUGAGUAGGGCAAGUUUGGAACGUGCAAGGUAAUCUUCAUCAAAGUUUACAAAUAACCACAACAGGUAGUUUAAGAGUGGAAAAGAGUAAGUGAAUUAAUCUCGUAAUGUGGAUUCUUUUGGCAUGUGGUUAUAACAAGGGUUAAUUCUAAGGUGGCCAUAGUAUUUGUCUACUCUUUGCGACGAAUGCAAUCCCGAUCUUUUUACUGAUUUUACUGUGUGAGCGCUUUACCUUUUCGUAAUUUAUUCAAGGUACUUUUAAAGCUAAAACAACUUGUAUUGCUUGUGGUUUUAGCAUACUUGUACGCUAUUUUCAGAUGUUGGCCCCUUAUGUUUGUGUUGUAGACUAGUAGGUGUUUAUAUCUCUAUUGCGUUUUAUGUGUUUUGUGUGACCCCUGUCUAUAUCAGAGAAUGUAUUCUCCGAGAGUCUUGUUGAUGUCUUCUAUGUUUCCAUUGUAGCGUUGCUUUAUAAUUGACACCUUCGAAAAAUGGAAAUGACAGCAACUCAUUAAUUAAUGAUUUUUGUUCGUUUCCUUCAAUCUGAUUGUAAAGAGGCCUAGACUAGACUAAAUUAAGAUGUUAUUUGUCCGAUUCGAAACCUAGCGAAAAGUACAGUAUUCAUCUAUUAAAUUCAUCCCCUUUAAACAAUGGAAUCAUUUCUGUAGAUUCCACUAUGAAAUUGAAUCAUUCUUGCAAAAUUAUUUUCUUUGCAUCAAAUGCCCAAAUACACAGAAUCAACUAAUGCCUUUUUUAAAAAUUCAAUAUAUAAUAACAAUUAUUAUUGGUGUUAAGUAUUAAUUUGCAAAUGAUUUUUCUAUAGGUGGUACUUAGGCAGUGCGUUGCGAAGUGGCAAAUUAAAAAUACUGGUUGUUCAAAACACUGUUGAAGACAAAAACACAGCUUUGACAAAUGGUGUUGAAAGCCUUAUUGAAAAGAUACCUCAGGCGUCAAAACCGGUAAAUAAAUAAUACACAACUCUCACCUUUGAAAUUAUGACUAAAACUUUUUAAAAUAAUAAGUCUCAUAAAAAUUUUGUGAAUUAUGAUUGUUUUAGAGGAUGUAAUAAUUUUAGCUUAAAAUGCCAGCAUUAUUUCCUAUUGACCAUUGUAAGGACAGUUAAAAAAUAAGCUCGUGACAAUAUUCAGGGCUUCUGAUAUUUCGCGGAAAAAAAAGCAAAAUUUUGCGGGAUUUUCAGGGGCAAAUUCGCGGAAAAAUCGGCCGAUUUCGCGGGAAAAAAGUCAAAAUUCGCUCAAAAAUCGGCCCAGUUCGAGCGAUUUUCACCGGCGAAAAGUCAAAAUUCGCAGAAAAAUCGGCCGAUUUCGCGGGAUUUUAGCGGAAAGAGUCAAAUUUCGAAGGAUUUUCGGGGCAAAUUCUUAGAAAAAUCGGCCGAUUUCACGGGAAAUUUUUGGGGGAAACUUCGCCAAGAAACAAUCAGUAAAAAACAGCCGAUUUCGCUGGAUGUUUUUGGCAAAUUUCACUAAAAUCGAUCAAUUUUGCGUCGAUAUGACCAGCAUUGUUUAACGUUUUUUUAACAGGGAUAAUCACUUGCUCUUUCAACAACAGUUCGCUCGAGAAAUGAGCGAAUGCUAAAGCUGUUAACAUUAUGGUUAGUGCCCAGUUUUUCGCAACGUUCAUCUAAGACGCGUGGUAGUUUUGAGACGUAAUGUUUACUCGUUGCAGUGACGAAUAGUUUCAAGAUAAAUUUGGACGUUUGAGGUGAAUAGAACAGGUCUAAUAGCCAAGAUAAGUAUUAAAUGCGUUUUGCCGACAUGUAUUUGGAAAUAUUUCUGGCGGAUUUCGUGGUAUUUCGUGUUUUUUUGGGAAUUUCGCGGGAUUUCGUGGAAAUACCUGAAUUUCGCUGGUCCGUGACCGCGCGAAUUAUCAGAAGCCCUGAAUAUUGACCUUUUUUGGAGAAAAUGGUUGCAAAAGAUGCUCUUAGAUAAAGUGAAUUUAAUAUGAAAAAAAGAAUUGUUAUUAAAAUAGUUUUUCAUUUUGGUAAUACUGCAAUGUUACUUUCAGUCCACGAAGGGGCAAAAAAAUGUGGUCAAGAAGAUUCAUAUUUUGAAAGACGGUCGAGGGCUUGGAGUGCAAAUAUCCAUGAAGUUGAACCAUGUUACUGGUGAAAAAGGUGUCUUUGUCAGUGAUGUUAGCCCAGGGGGAGCUGCUGAAAGGUUAGCUAUUAAUAAUAGUUUUUUGAAGGUUAAAGUGAGUUUGAGCUCAAGCUCAGUUAUGCACCUUUUUUUUAAAGUCUGUUUUUUUUUAAAAAAAACCAUUAAAAUGUAUCAAAAAUUUGACACAAUCGAGAGGAGAAGUCAAUACAUCAUGUUGCCAUGGUAGCAAAAUUUGCGGAUCCCAACAAACCAUGGUCCUGCAGAUAUGGCAGAUAAAAAAAAUUGACAUAUAAUGACUUUCCUGUGCGUGAUUACACUCAGGAACAAAACGGUACUCGAUUACUUUUCUUUUUUUGUUUGACAAUGCAAAUGACCGUCUCCGUCAAGAAAUAUCGUUGAGAUCCAGAGAUUUUGCUACCAUGAUAAUGUAAUGUUACUCUGCUCCUCUCUAUAUAAUAGUAUUUUGUAGACAUGUUGUCAGUCUUAAGUAUAGAAAUACCUGGUGUACAUGUAAGAGAUGCAGACUGCACUCAGAUUAGUUGUGCAUUAUAUACACAUAUAGUUAGUUCGUCACACAAUGCACCAAAAGGUGUUAGGUAUUUCUAGCCACCUAAGAUAAACAGCUGUUUUACAAUAUUAAUUUGUUUGAAAACCAGGGCUGUCAUUGAAACUUCAAGUUGCUUCAGGGGUAGAUUAUACAAGUAGGCGGGGAAUCAAACAACUUGGGAUUUUGUUUGGUUCUAUUUUUCCUCUAUUUCACUGCAAAAGUAGGCGGGGGUAUCAUUCAUAAUAGCUGGGGGAAAUCCGCGGCCCCUGGUCCUAAAUGACAGCCCUGAAAACAAAACUAUUGUAUAGUAGGUUAGUACCUUAUAAAUCACUGAGACACUUACGUUUCUGGUCAUUUUAAGUGAAGUUGAUAUUGUGUGACAGUAUUGUAUUGUAGGGUGAAGGAGUUAUAAUCUGUCACAUAUUGCUUUAAGUUACUUCGUGGUAAACAAUCAACAGUGAAAAUGUUUUUGUUUAUGAUUUAUUGGCUAUUGUAUUUUGGUCUCAUGGCAUAAUUUGGUUUUAGGUUUGAGCAUUAUAAUGGUUGACUAGUAUUUAUAAUGGAACAUUUAUUUGUUUAUUUAUUUACAAAUUGAUAUUUCGUUUCUCCUUUUAUACUACUACAUGAGAAAUUUCUGCAAUCUGAUUGGCUUAGAGCAGUGGUAUUUCAGCUUAAUUUGAAAUACCUACAUGUGAAAAUUACAAACCUUUUUCGGGUAGUAGUAUAAACAAAUAAUAGCAUGAUUUGUACGUGAUAUUUGGCAUAAAUACCACUCAUGAUAUUUCAAAAUUGUCUCAAAUUUCACUCGCCUAACGGCUCGUGAAAUUACUUAUAACAAAUUCGAAAUAUCACUCGUGGUAUUUAUGCCAAAUAUCACUACAAAUCAUGCUAUUACCUAUACUAAUUUUGGGAGUUCAGUUGGGUUAGAUGCUUAUAAUAAAUUAAAUGAGCUAGUAACCUACGUAAAGGAUUGAAUCCUGUUUCAGGUUUUUAUCAUUUAGUUAAAUGUGAGCGGAAACCCUUUGUGGCGUCAUCAGUUUUAACGGUCAAGGACAACUUUCUUCGCUAACUUGUGCAGGGUGAAAAGAUCUUUCAAACCAUACCAGAAUGAUUGAAUGUUGAAAAUCUCCAUGAAAAUCUUGUUCCAUUACCCACCUACCUUUCCUUUCACCUAAUCCUAAGAUCCUAAAAGCUUUCCUAAAAACUCUUCCCACCAAAAUGAAGCCUACUAAAAGUGUGUCACUUUUAAACCCAAAAACUAUGUCGAAAUUUUGCUUUCUGCGCAUGCCCGAACUUCGUAAGCUGAUAUUUUGCAUCUGGAUCAGAAGGCCGCCAAGUGUACGACCUGUAAACCGGUUUGUGGUAAGUUUUAGAUUCAAAACGCGUUUUUCGGCAAAAUCUCCAGGAGCGAAUGGGUUAAAGUCUGUUUUAAUUAAAAUUUAAUUAAAACAGACUUGUUGUUUAAUGUUGCAGCCUUCGUCAAAAAGUGUAUAGAUAUUUUAAGAGCGAGGGUUAGGGUCCAUAGUUACUUUUUGAAGUAGAGUACCUGUAGAAAAAGAACAGAAUUUCCAGGUGAGGGGGGAUGGGGGAUGGGCAUUAACACUUUUGUAGUGGGUGUAUGGAUGUUUUUUUCAUACAGUUGACUCUCAACAGUUUGAACCUUCAAGGGAAAUAGAAAAAAAUUCCAGUUAUCAAGGGUAAAAUUAUAUUGAAAAUGAUUUAAAGGGAAAUGAAAAUUGCUUUGGAUUAGCAGGAGGUUCAAGUUAUAGAGGGUUUGAGUCACUGGGAGUCAACUGUAUUUUAUAUCAUACAUGUAAGAUGCACUCUAUCUGACUACACCUUGGUUUGACAGUGAUUAGCUGAUCUGCAUGGUUGCAUUUAGCCAAGGUCAUUAAUAAGGUCAUGAAUAUCAUUAAAGACUGUUAAGAGUAUGCUCAAUAUAUAAUAUGUUGUUUAAAUAAGUGUUAACAUUUUUUAUGGUUUUAUUUGACACUAUCCUUUAAAACCAGUAAAAAACUCAGUAGUUUUCAUUUGUUGACUGGCAUUUAUGUACAUGUAGGGAUGGUCGUCUCAAGGAAGGUGAUGAGUUGUUAUGGAUUAAUGGCCACAGCUUAAUAGGUGUUACUCAACUGGAAGCUGUAGACUUGUUGCGUGCAUCACCCAAACUUAUACAGUUGGUCAUUUCUACUCAGGUUAGUCAUUGUUUACUAGUGAUAUAAAAAAUAAAUGAUAAGUUAAUGAAAUAAAUGGGCUGCAAAAACUUAAGUCUGAAAACAAAAUAAUAUGUAAUAAUUUUUAUAAUAACUUCAAACUGUUAAAUGAAGCCAGACCAGCUUUUAUUUUUACUGAACAAAAAGAGACUAAGAGACUUAAGCUCUUGACCUUGGGUUUGGUGCCAUAAUCACUUGACCAAUUUGCUACCUUCAGGGUUCAUACAGGUCAUGGAAAACCUGGAAAGUCAUGGAAUUUAAAAAUUUCAUUUUCCAGUUCUGGAAAGUCAUGGAAUUUUAUUGUCGGUCCUUGAAACUCAUGGAAAAGUUAAUUUUUUGUUUGCUGCAUAAGUUACUGCAGAUGACAAAGCGAGGACAAUGUGAGAUAAAGAGGAAAAAUUAGACAGCACAAACGGCAUGCAUUUUGCAUUGGUAGACACCAGAGUUUGUGUCUGUUGAACUACUUAAGGUCCAAAGAUACCCUAAAACAAGCCGGAAAGUUUUGAACAUUUUGUGAAAGUGACAGCUAAACAUAAGGUCAUGGAAAACGUGAAAAGGUCGUGGAAAAAGUUCAUGGAAAGUCAUGGAAUUUGAAGAGCUCAAAAGAAUACGAACCCUGUGCCUUUCCAUCCUGAUAUUAGGGCGGCUUUGCUUAAUGACCACAAUCAGGGGGAGGGUGCAGGGGGUGCUCACCCCCCCCCUGGAUGACCUGCGGUUUUCUAAUACAACUGGUAUUCUGCAAAAAAAAAACUAUGUGGUUUAUUGGUGUUGAAGUAGAGCAAGAGACGAGUGCACCCCCUCCUAAGAAAAACACUGGAUCCGCCCCUGACAAUGGGGGCAAACACUUCUCUUAAAAAGUGAAUUCACUCUGUUCCAAAAUUCAUAGAGCCUCUUAUUCCAUGUCAUUCAAUUUAUCAAAUGUUUGUGAAUUUUUCUGGGUUUGAAUUCUAAAGGACUGUAUCUCAUUUUAGAUAAAAGAAUUAGAAAAUUGUUAUCUCGUGUUCACGUCCUCAAAAAAUCGUGAAAUUAGAAAGUUUCAUGUGACGAUCAAAAAAGAUGAUAUGCUACUCAGGUACCACCACCACCUAGAAAAUAGCUCUAAGCUAAUCUAGCUAUAAAGCAUAUUAUGCUUCUUCCCUGUUACUUUAGUCAGAUACAGUGGAACCCCGUUAAUAAAGUCACCAAUGGGCCAAAAAAAUUUGGCGGUGUUAACAGGAGGGGUUUUUUUACAAGAAAAUGUAUGGCGGUUUUUGCCAGGCAGCCAAAAAAAAGUUGUCGUAGUAAUGAGGUGACCGUAUUACCUAGGUGGCCGUGAGGCAGUGUUUCACUGUAUUAUUUAAAACAGAGAAAAAAGUCCAACCACAUUUUCCUCUUCUCAAACCAAAUUGAUGACUUAGUAGGACAUUAGUCCUUUUAGUAGGGCAUUGGUCUUUAUAGAGGUGAUUUUGAAGUGGGAUGUUGAUCAGUGUUUUAGUUUGUUAGAGGCAUAUCAGUGCAUUUUAGCAAUACAAAGUAUAGGUAAUUUAAACAUUAUAAAAUGGGAAACUGAAUUUUACGACAAUAAAAAAUGAAAAAACAUGUUAAUUUCUGUAAUUGGGAUAGAAGUAAUAAUUUUUUCUUCCAUUUCUGAGUUCUCAAAUUUAUCCUUCACGUAACCAUUAAUGGUUGUUGUGUUGCUCUCUUGAUAGGGCGAAGUGCCUUCUGGUGGAAAGAAAUUAACAUCCAGAGCUAGGUCAGGAUCACAGGAAAAUGUUCAUACAAAUUCAAGAACAACUAAAACAGGCCAGCUAACCAAGCAACAUCGAGCUGCCUCAACAGACAGUCUGAUUAGCAAAAGCAGGAAAAAAUCCCUGGAUCAGAUUACAACUAGAAAUCCCAACAAACCUCUUGCAAUAUCUGUAAAUGGCUCAAAAGACGUGACUCCUAAACAGAGGCAGGGAAGUGACCCUUUUAGGAAAGAGGAUCAUAUUUUAGACAUGGAAAAUGUUAAAAAACUUAAAGAGAUGCAGGAAGAGCCAAAGAAAAAACAAAACAAUUUUCUGUUAAAUGGAAGUGCUUCAAACAUGGCCAAUGGCCAGCGUCGGCUGUCAAGUACUUCAUCUGAGAGUUCAAAUGGAGGUUCAAAGUUCAAUUCCGAGGAUGUCUUAUUAUCAGACAGUGAACCAGUUACUCUUGAGGAUAAGCCUCUUUCAAAGUCACCUGCAAAUAGUUCAUCUCCUAAAGCAUCAUCCUCCCCAGUUGUGCAGUCUGUAAAGAAAAGAAAUAUUCCAAGUCCCUUGUUAAACAUUCCAAAAGGACAAGCUGGCUCUAAUAAAACAGGCUUAGCUCCUGGUCAAAUCUCACCCUCCCUUCCCCGACCUCAAAAACCAGGAGGCUUGGGUAUCGCUUUCCCCGCGAGAUACCUUGGGGAAGCCUCUCCCCAAAUGACGACAGUUGGUGUUCCUACGCCAGUUAACAUCGUCGGCAAUAAUGAUCGUGACUCACCCCAGGCUAAGCGGAAAGUGAGUAAUGAUGCUGCGCAUAGCAAAAGCAGUUCAAAAGGAAUAGAAGAGGAGGUCAUGACAAUAGUCCUUGUGAAGGGGAUGAGUGGUAAAGGCCUUGGAUUUACUAUUGUUGGAGGUAAGGGGUCCCCUCAUGGUGACAUGCCUGUUUAUGUGAAGAGUAUUCUUCCUGGAGGUGCAGCAGAAGCAGAUGGCAGAAUGAGAAGAGGUAUGAUAGAAAUCUUUGGUGCCUUAUAUAACUUAUAAAGAUAUAUUUUUUAUUUUGGUGUCUAGGGGUUUAUAUAUAAUAGACAAAUGCUGCUGUUAAUGAUUUAAAAAAAAAAAGUAGAUACAGGGCAGUACGUGUAUAAUGUUGGCUCCAAAUAUUUUCUCAUUGCUUUCUACAAAUUAAUAUUGUAAUUUGGGUCAAAUGUGACAUGUUUUUUGAUAACAAAAUGAUGGAAAAGAAAAUAUGUGGGUCAUGUAACUAGUUAAAUAUAAGGAAUGAAACGAUUUUUUGUGUACCUAUCCCUGGUCUAAGUGCAAGAACAAGUGGUUGCUCACAAGAGGUGGUUAUGGGGAAAAAUCAACAACAAAAUAAGGUCAAACUGAAUAUGAUUAUGAAUGUGAUUACAUGAAUUAUUAUCUAACAAACUAAAACUGGCAAACAGAGAACUGGCAAUAAUGUUAUGUAUCGAAUAGGGCUUGUUACUGUUGAAACUUUGUACAUAACAUUUGCAUCAAUGUUACAAUCUACCUUUUUACCUCUGGGAUUAUAAUUAUUACAGCCCUCUUUUUUGUAAUGAUCUGUCAGCAUGCUUGUUCAGCACUUUCUAAAACCGAACUUUUGUGACAUUGGAGCAGUGGUUUUCAUAAUUAUAAUCAUACGUGAUCAUGCUGGGUGGUCAUUUAUGAGAAACAGAAAACAAAAGAAUAUGUUGAAUUUCUGGUGUAAAAAGAGGUCCCGGUUGUUUUUAAGGAAUUUAAGUAGUGGUUGCUUAUGAGAGAGUUUUUGAGACAGAAUUUGACUGACAAACAAAACAGUUUUCCAAGUGGUCACUUACGGGAAGUGGUCGCUUAUGAGAAGUAGUUGAUAUGAGAGAGUUGACUUAUUUAUUAUUUUUUUAUUAUUGUUUCACUGUCCGUUUUUAUACGUGUAGGUGAUGAAUUAUUGUCAGUAAAUGGAACAUCUUUUGAAGAUUUUACUCACCAGCAGGCCUUGGAUACUUUCAAGGUAAACUCUGAAUAAAUGCUUUUAACUUUUCUAUUAUUAAUUGUUGUGGUCAAAAAUGAUUAAAAGUACCAGUAACUUUAUUCCCUGGAAACAUAACAAAUUGGUUCAGGAGAGCAAGAUAUUUGAGUGUAAGGUCCGUAUCAGAUGCCGAUCUUUGCAUUAGCUGAACCUAAUAUGUUGAAUUAUUAAAGUAUAUGAAAGGUCCCGUGUCUGAAUCAGUUAGGUAUGCCUAUAUAUUCAAUUUGGAACAGCUCAGCUGAUCUUCACGCCUAGCCUGGCUGGGAAUUCUGACUAUGGAACGACUUUGGAAAGGCUUUGAUUCAGACGCCGAACUUUUCAUGUUUCGAACCUUAUAAUUAUAAUGUAUUUUGCAAGCAGUUUGACCAGAAUGAGCAUUUUUCUCCUUUUGAAUUUAGUUUGGCUGGAAUUAAGAUUGGUGUUUGAAUCAACUCAGGCAGUCUAAAUAGUUUGGGUCGGCCUUAAUUCAAUUAGGUUCGGCUCAUGAAAAAAUGGCGUCUGAAGCAUGCCUAAGUACACUCAAUAUCUUUAACUGCAGCUAGCAAGGCUUGGUCUCCAUAUCCUUGGGUGUCAGGAUACACCUGCAAUUCUCCCAUCAAAGCAAAUUGAGACAUAUAUGCCUCAUGACCCAUCCUCCAAACUACCCUAUAUUUAUAUUUUUAUGAGGAAGAACUUGCCUUCAAAUUUAUUAAAUAAGGAGUUUAAAUCAACCACUGCUGUGUAAUGCCCCCACAAGGUCACAUGACUGAAGAUCAUACCUUAGUGGUAACACACACUACUAAUAAGUCAAAAGAGUCUAAUAAAAAAGUCUGUAUGGUCUGGUUUCAACAAAUUUUUACUUCACGUCUCCAUUUUCGUUGUAUAUUAUUGUUGUUCUCUAGGUUCCUUUUGGUUGAGGUUUUCUUUGAUUUGGAAAAAUAAGUCUAAGUUAUUUUUGUUUUCCUUUGUAUCAAAACUAGAUUAUGGUAAUAGUUCUGAAACAUUGGAAAAUAUUAUCAUAACAAUAUAAUCCGAGCCCCAUUUCCAGGUUUUAACAGGGCUAGUUGUUUUUGGCAUGAGUGCAGAACUCAUAUUUACGAGAAACUGGGUUCAUGAAGACCAAAUAUCUAAAUUUCUGUUCAGACAAACACGGAAUAAAACAAAUGCAAGAAUGCGCAAAAAAUAUAGCUUGAUGGAUGCUAUCUGGUUUUUGAGAAAAAAAAAUUGUCUGUUCAUAUUCUGAAAGCAAGUCAAAAAACAGGCAAAAUGAAAUGUUUGGAAGAAAGCCCAUGAGGAGGCAAGAAUGUUAAGAUUUUUAAUAAAACAAUAUUAGUGAAUUAGCCUUUCAAAUGUUAUGAUUUACAUUAGGCUAUUAUCCACCUCGGCAACACUCUUUUUUGAUCUGCAUUAUAUAAUUAUUCUUCAUAUCAUACUAUACUCAGCCUCAUUCACUGUUAGAGACUGUGUAUUGUUAUUAUAAUAAAUUUGUGUUAAUUACCCUGAAAUGACUUAAUUCUCCAAAUAGGAUGAAAGAGAACUAAUAGUCUAGUAUGUAAAGUUGGAGGUGAACAAGAGUAUAGAACAGAAUUAUUGUUAGUAUUUGUAUGUGACAGAAUACCUUUAAUUUUUUGCACUAAACAAAUGCACCUUUUUUUGAAUGAAAAGUAUGAAUUUAUGGCAGAACAGUAAUAAAUUUUUCAUGAAAUCCUUUUCCUAAACUAUAGAGUAAGGUCAGGGUAAAGUUUGUUUUGUAAAUGAAUAAUGUUUUUAUUUUGUAAUUUUGAAGUGAAUUAUUAUAUUUUAUUCGCUUUUCUCUAUUGAAUUUUUGUGCUUCGUAAUCACAACAGCUUUAUUCUGUUUUGUUUGUUCCUGAAAUAAAAUAAAGAACCACCUCUUAAAUAAUUAGAAUAUAGAGCACUGGUGUGAUAUGGUACCAGAGUUUGAAACCAACAAAGAUGUAUUUGUAAAGAUUUCUUCUAAGAAUCGUUAACAAAAGCAGAACAAAAUAUUAUGAUAAUGUUAUUGCAUGAUAAGUUAAAAGCCCUGGGUUUUAUUUUUCUUCUGAGGUGAUACAAUUUAUUAUCAAAUUUUGAAUAACUGUAAGUUACACCUGCCGCAGGGCCCAUUGAUCAAAGCAAACAAAGAAAUUCAUUCACACAUGUCAGUCAAGCAUAAAAACUAAUCAGUGCUUAUAUCCACUGUUGUGUUGCAUUCAUGAAUUUUGAGUAUGAGGAGAUGCAUUAAACAUUCACAUAAAUAGUCUUUAUUGGUGAGUGAAUUUACUGAAAUAAAUUUGCACCAGGCUAGCAGUAAUCAUUUUUGUUAAAUGCUUAAUGAUCGUAAAUUUUAUUAAAUUUUUUUUUCUAGUUUUAAUUACUUGACAGGUGAAAAGUAUAAAUUAUUUUGACCUUUGCUGUUGCAAAUUUUAGUAUUAUUCUAUUUUUUUGCAGACUAUUCGCAGGGGAAUUGUGACUUUAAAAGUAAGAAGAAAUAGUGCUGGAGCACCUAGCUUGUCAACAUUUACAACUCCUAGGAGUUCACCAGGAAGUUCUCGCCGUAACAGCAAAGAUGUGACCGCAGAAUCAUCUAGCUCAAGCAAUUCUUCUUCACCAACAAUGUUUCGAAAGCUGCGUCAAAGGAGAAACAAGAAAGAAAAAAGCAUCGAGCUUGUGUUGUAUAAAGGUGUGAUAAUUAAACCAAUACGACCGUUGUAAUUUUAUUGCUAGUACAGUAUCAUUUCAUUAUUACUCAGUUUAAAGCUGUGACGGUGUUUGAUGAUUUUCUAGUGAACCCUUUUUUAGUCUUAGCCCUCUAAAUAAAAAGUAAAAUUUCAAUUUUUUUUGUAGAAUACACGAACACAUGAGCAAAAUUUUGACUCAGCUGAGGGAACUUACAGAUCAUUCAAUCCACAUAAUUGUUUUGAUUUUUAAGUGAUUCAGAUAAUUAAUGACACUUUGUUAUAUAGGUUACAUUAUCAUUGUAAAGCAAUUAUGGAUGUGAUGUAUAUGUUCUGUUGCAAAUUACUAUUUUUUCAAUUGAAAAUUACAAAAUACCUCCAGAAAAUGUUGUGUCAUGCAAUAGUCAAUAUCCAAUACAUAACAAAACCCAAAAAGAAUUUAAAGAAUGCAACAAAACAUUUAUUUUCUUACUUUUAAUUAGUUAAAACAGAUCUGAAAUUCAAUGCAAGUUAAGGCUGCGGGGAAUGAGCUAAUUAUUAUAGUGACUUCUGUCUAUUAUUUUAAAGGGGUCCUGUUAUGGCUGAGGCAUUCUAGGGUUGCGCAGUGGUGAGAGCACUUGCCUCCCACCAAUGUGGCCAGGUUCGAAUCCUGGUAUUAACGGCAUAUUUGCGUUUAGUUUGUUGUUGGUUCUCUCCUUUGCUCCAAGAGGCUUUUUUUGCGUACUCCGUUUUUCUCCACUCCACCAAAACCAACAUUUCUAAAUGCUGAUUCAACUAUUUAAAGUAUGGUAGACGAAGAACCACUGCGCGGAUUUGCUACCUCUAAAUCAAUAUUUAUUUAUUUAUUUAUUUAUUGAAAUAGGUUGCAUUUACUUUGCUUUGCACCCCAAUGGGAAACAUCAGAUCUCCUUAACCUAAGUGGCCAAAUUAUAAAAAAAUUGACAAAAAGACUCAUUUGUUUUCGUGAAAUCCUGAGAGUAUUUUUUCACUCCCCAAUGAUGCCAUGGUUGGGUGAAAGCUCGGAUUAUGAAAAAAUAUUAUUAAGUGGCUUAAGGCCUCCCUUUAGCUGUUUACUCUUUAGAAAAGAGUACUAACAGCUGUAGUGGUAGUUAACAAUAAUAAAAUAUCACAGGAACUAGGCUCUCCUUUUUCAGCACUUGUCACAUCUUUAAGAUAAUGCUGGUUUGUUCUGCUUUGGGAUCUAAUGAUAUUAUUAGCGAGUUUAAGCAAAGACUUUUUAGCAACACCAUCAACCAGGAAUGGACCUCUUGCAUUCUUAGGCGAUGUUAUAGCCCAACAUUUUGAGCAAAUCAUCCUAGCAAGACAAAUUUAAUAUUGUCAAGGUAUAUAAAAAUGGAAAAGGUGUCACUUCUGGUUGAUGUGUGUGGCUCAAAAAUACCUUUGCAUAAGCUUCCUAUUACCUCUUAGAGCUUCUGGUAAGUGUGUAGUGAAAAAAAAGUUAAAAUUGAUGACUUUUUCAGAGCCUGGAAGCAGCUUAGGAAUUGGGCUGCGUGGAACAAAUCCAGUAUCCCAGCAACAAGGAAACUUUGUUCAGUGCAUUUUAGAGGAUUCCCCUGCAGCUCAUGAUGGAAGAUUGAGGUGAAUUGGACACAGAUCUCAGAGCUGUUUAUUAUGAAUACAGUCAAACUCUGUUCUUGGAGACACUGAGGGGAACACAGAAAGUGUCUGUAUUAACCCUUUAAGCACCAAUAUCCACAAACAAAUUCUCCAAACUGAUUUCUAUACAUUUCCUAUAAGAAUUAGUCGGGCGAAAUUGAUAAAAGAUCAGAGAUUUUUCUCUUUGUGAUCGUUUGAUUAAUUCUCAUAGAUGUUGCCCUUGACAGUCUAUGGAUAUUGUUAGGAGAAAAUUGAUGUUGGUCACUAUUGGGACUUAAAGGGUUAAUGAGGUGUCUGUAUUAAGGGGGCUGAAUUAAGAGAAAAUGUAAGGGGACAAAGGACACUGUCCAUGAUCAUGAGUGAGGUGUCGGUAUUAAGCGGGUGUCUGUAAAACAGGGUUUGAUUGUAUUAGGUGCGUUGAACUAAUCUAUGACAAACUUUUUGACAUAACUUUUGUUGGUUUUAACCUAAUGGCUACAAAACUUUGAGAAGAGCUACAGCUAUCAUUCAGGAAUAAUAUGAAAUAAUAAAUUUGUUUUACUGGUGGUUCAAAUUUUUACAAAAUUUGUUGAGAUGCGAUAUCCUUGCAGAACUGUUGCUCGUUUCCCUCCAAUUUAUUUAUAAGCCUAUCCUGUUUUUAAACAUAAUUUUCCCUGCUAUAAUAAGCUCCUCAAAAUGACCUUUUGAAAUUUUCAAGCGGCAGAACUUAUUUUCAGAGUUUUAGGCUAUUGUGAUAUUAUGAAAAUUAAUGAAUAUUUUUAAGUGAAAAUAAAUUGGUUCUUGGGGUUAAACUAACUACAUUUUAUGUGGUUUCUCACUUACAGAUCUGGUGAUCAACUCAUUGAAAUAAAUGACCAAAAACUUGAAGGACUAACAGUUGAGAGGGUUUAUGAAAUUCUUGACAAAACUCCCCCUGGAAAAGUAUACAUUAAAGUAUUACAGGGUGACACAUCAGAAAAACUACCUCUGCAACUAAAUGAUGCCCUUUCAAAGCUUCAGAGCGAGCGACAAAUACUUGAUAAAAAGAUGGCCAACAAGCCAAAGGGGACAGGAAUGGCAUCAAGACUUUCCGUUUCUUCGGGUGAUUCUGGUGGUGAGCUGGGAUUUUUUUUUAUUAUUGAUCUCAGUUUUUAUUAUAUCAGGUCAAAGAGGUAAAAGAGUAUAAAAUCCUUUUAAUUAAUUGCUUGAGAACCGUCUUUAUAGUGUUUUAGGCUAAGCAAAGCUCUUGUGGUUAUACUGUAAAAAUACAGUGUCUAAAUUUUGUGAGAGAAUGUUAGUGUUGACUUAAUAGACACUUGAGUUUUUGACAUUUGAGAAUGUUAGUGUUGACUUAAUAGACACUUGAGUUUUUGACAUCUUUUUUACGGUCGUUGUGGACAAUGGGAAACUGUUGCCUUUUUAUGGUCUUGAUUCUCUCACAAACCAUUCCUGAUUGAUCAACCCGAGAGAUAUUGCUCAGUUAUUGUAAAAACUCUAUUACAUACAACAGAAAUGAGGUCAAAAUACGCAAUCAGGAAAGAUUCAUUGUGACGUCAGAAUUUAGACCAGGGCAAAAUGGACUCCUUCUCAAAAUGGACACCCAGAACUGGUCCCUACCAUUCUCCGAUCAUCUCCUUUGACUCUCCACAAGGCAAAGACCUCAGCAAGAGAGAAUAAUAGGAAAAGAAAGAAAAACGCCGAGUCUAGCCCUUGGGAUGUGCGAAUUUCACAAAAGUUAUUUUUAGACUAAUUAAUCUGAAUUUAGUUUCCGGAGAGGUCCGCAAACCAUUAUUCAAUGUUUCAAGAGAGAUUCAGAGUAAUGGGACGUUAUGCUCUUUUGGUGCGUUGCCAUUAAAAUAUUCUGCAUUGUUUGCUUUGAGGCAGUCUCUUUGGCGUCGCAGGAAUUAGACUUCCGUUUAAAUACAACCUCUAAAAAUAACUUUGGUGGAUGUCACAUAUCCUGGUCACCGCCCUUAGAUUCCCUCUAUCUCAGUCUGUAAGAAUCCUAGCUGGGUUCGAAAAAAGCCCCAUGCCCUCCCACUGGACUUAACUCGUUUUCUCAAAUUGUAAGCUUCCCUUUGUGCUUGCCUGUGAAAUGCAUAAAGAAUUAAAGAUGAUGUUAGUUCUGCAUACGUGAUUUCUGAAUUCUACCCUGAAAAUUUCUUACUUGUUGUCUGAUUUUUCAGAAAAUGUAACAAACCUUUCCUCAUCUUGUGAGCCUCUUAUACCACUUUCCGCAGAACCAAACAAGAAAAACAAAGAGAAGGUAAUACAAACUGAAGUCAUUUUUCCCUCUGUGUUAUCACAGGUCCUUGUACGUUUCAGACUGGGUAGCCUGUGAGGAAGUUCUCCGUUUAUUGCUUGCGAAGCCCCACGCACUCGCGUCUCCUUUUGCUUGCUGCUCUCGCAUGACUUCUCGCGAUUCCCCUAAUUACAGAGCUUGCUCGCAGGCUAAAUCCUGAUAAGGUAGUUGGUAAAAGCUUAGUAGCAUUAUCAGCCGGCUUAUCUAAAGGUAAUGCCCCCUUUGUCUCUGUUAUCUAGCAGUGUUCAGGCGGGUGGUGAUGAAUUCUUCCAGAACAUGUGAUGUUGGUUGGAAGUAGUGAGCUUGCCGUUAGCUAAUGGCUAAUCAAUUCCAUUGCCUUGUAUUUACGAUCCGAAAAAUCAAAUUUCCUUUUUAUUAUGUCCAUAAAAUGAUCCUUAGUUUCCAUCAUUGCCCUCGUUUGCCACUUUAUUAUCUCCAACCGUAAAUACUGUUCUACAUUGUUAUCUCUUCUUUUUUUCCAGAAGCAAGCUCCUGAUUUGGAUGACGAUGUUUUUACAGAUGAAACAGGUAUGCUAUGUAGAAAUAGGCUGUCGACUUACAGUGUAAGAACAUGAAUAACCUGACAAAACUACCGUGGAAUCCCGAUAUUCGUAUCCUCCUCUCUGUUAGUGCGGAAAGCGAUAAGUCGGGGACAAACUUAUGUUUGGCCGGGGAAGAGAAGUCAGUUUUGGGUCAAAUCAUCAGGAGGAUCGAAAAACUGAGGGUUCGAAAAAUGAAGUUUCCACUUUUGUAAGGACGACAGUAAUAUCGCUGAUAUGUUUAAGGCCUCAAUAAGAGGGUCUGGUUUUGUAGAAAAGAUCAGAGAGUAAUGACCGCCUUUUCAUCUUCAUCAUCGUCAUCAUCCUUCGACCACCGGAGUAAAUGACCAGCAAACUGGAGAGCUAGUACAGACACCUCGCAAAGAAAAAUGGCUGUAUUCGUGGACUUCUUUUUACCAAUUACAUUUUUUCGGAGAAAAGGAAAAUUAUUUGCAGCCCUUCCUAUAAAAUGAUACCCUGAGUACCUGAGGUUUUUUCUUGGGCGGCGGAUACUUCCGAGGAGGCUUACGCAUGUGCGGUCGAAGGCCGAACCAACAAGCGGCCAAGCGGCGGGAAAAAACUUUGGCAAAGAACGCUUUGGUUUACAUGUUAUCUAAUGUGCCGAAUUGGCCCUCACCUUUCCACUAAACUGUAACUCAAGUGUUUCGAUCACGCGUCCACUGUGAUUGUCACCCAAUCAGUGCUUGAUACCUGUGACAUUCCCUGGGAUGAAAUGUUCGGCCUUUAUUUCCGAGAUAACCUACUGAAUGCCCCACCGCCAUUGUGCAACCCUUUGUAUGUAAACUGAAUACAGAAAACAUAUCGCGCUAGGAUGAUCCGCGCUUCUAGGAUCUUUCUGCUUCUAGGAUCUUCCCCCUCAGCUCCAUGUAAACAGCCUUUUAGACAUGAAACUCUUCUCCCCAUUUUUAAAAAUGUAUGGAAGAGGACCCAGAUAUAGCAUACCCGACACCAUUUUUCAUUUCAGAUAACGAUGAAUACGUUGAGGACAUAUAUACUGUUAUAAAACCAGCGACAGGUUAGCGUGGUGACUUUGAAAUUUCAUUAUUACAGUGAUGUUACGUAUAAGCUGCCAGUUUCAGUCAUUUCAACUUAUUUUGGGUUACCAUAUAUUGUUUUCUUUUCCGUUAAAAAAUUCUUAUGUAAACUUAUGAGCCUUUCUUUGGCUCGAAGCAUCUUUGUCUGCCAUUAGGGGCAUAGUUUUAUACUCUUUUGGCGAGAAUCCCGCCAGGCGGUGGCCUGGUUACUAAAAUAGAGGCCGUUAGAUUCGAGGACGAGAUUUUACUUUUUUCGCGUAUUCUCAAAAACUACACAUCCCGGAAAGCUUCAUUGUACGGUUUUUUCCCGGAAAAGUUAGCACCAUUAUUUUUAUUAAAGGAAGUUAAGCCCUCUCCCGAUAGCAAAAUGAUAAAACUUCCAACAUUUGAUGACUUGUUCCCAUCACUACAACAUUCUCACUAAAACUCGUGGUAGAAUGUCGACAGCUAUUACGUUUUCCCGCCAAAAUGAAGCUGGUUCACGCGAGCGCACUACUUAGUAUUGAGAAAAUCUUGUUGUCAUAAGCGUCUUAGAAUCUAAAGCUCUCUGUUCAAGUAAGCUAGGGAAAGUUGUCGUGCUCACUCUUGUGUUUUGUCUUGUCUUACGUUCUAUCAGGUGGGCUUGGCAUGGGAGUCACAAUUGACAAGUCUCGAGGGAAUACUAUUGCUGAGUGCGUGUCAAUCAAGACUGUCACCGAAGGAGGAGCGGCUGCCCUGGCAACAAGCCCCAGGGGAGUAGGGUUGAAGUUAGGUAAGAUUCAUCUCAAAAAAUGGCGGACAUGAGCCGUUGCGUGAUCAAAGGAGUCUUGUCCGCCAACUGAUCGGUUUCGUAAAAAUGUGUAGGGAUUUGGACAUGGAAAUUAAACAGUGAAUAUCUUUCAGAGAAAAGAGAAAGCAAAAAUGUGCAAGUAUGGCUUGAGAGGCUGAUGUAUAAUGAUGCAAAUUAUACAAGCAUCAUGAUAAAGUGAGCUAUAGAUUCUUAAGACUUGGAGCGCCGAUUAAUUCGUUCCGGUCUUGUAUUGCAUUCGGUCGAAGCGGGAAGAAUCAUAGUUUAAGAACUGAGAAUAACGACAAAGUAUAAAGUGUGAUGGAAAUAAUGUGCAACUGUAAACAUAACAAAACCAUGCUUUAAACUAACUCACUAAAUCUUUGGUAAGCUGUGUACUUUACCUUUCAACUGUGUUUGCUCUGGUUGAAAAAUCUACACAGAUGCAAUCUCAGUACACUAGAAUCUCAGGCUAAAAUCCCAAAAAUACGCCGAGUUCUAGAAGCGUUUCUUGACAUUUGGUGUCUCAAAUGCCCGUAAAAGUCCGGCAUUGUUCCAACUUUCGUUUUGCCAGACUUUCAGUCAGCGGCUUUUAUUUGACCACAAACUACUGUAUAUUUCACUACUCCGUGUGUCGUAAACAUUUGUGCCCGGGAAUCAUUGUCAGAUCCAGUGGUAACGACUAUUGCUUGGGUAGAGACGUAAUGUAACCACCAUAACCAUAGCUUGCUACCCUGAACAUAAGUCACACAAAAUUCGAUGUCCAAGAUUUUAACCGUAAUCUGUGUUUUAUGCAUACGCUUGAAGGGCAAACGAAACAGAAUGGGACUUUCUUGGGCCAGUAUAUAUUAAUUGAUUUCCAUCAACUUCAAUAUCAUUUAAGUUUCCUGAUAGAACCAAGGUAUUUGGUUCGGUUUUCUGCGCAAAACGGGAGCUGAGCGUUGUUUUCUUUAGUUCGUGCCUUCAACUUGAUAAGUACUGCCCUGGAGAGAGUUCUUGUAUGAAAACUAUAUACCAAGGGACUCGGGUAUAGUGUUGAUUGGGAAGCUGGAAGAGCUUGUAUCGAGAACCUUCAUUCCGCUUUAAAGACGUCAGCUUCUUUAUCAAGGUUUAAACCUUCCUUUGUUACUUUCCUCAGGGGAUCAAAUUAUUGAAGUAAAUGGUACGUAUUUGCGAGGAAUGGACCAAGAAGAUGUCAUUAAGAUAUUCAAAGAUUUACCGAGCACAACACAGAUGAAAAUCAGGAGAUCAAGAACAGUACCUGAGCAGGCUCCUCCUACGAAAGUACCAGAAAGGAAGAAGGAAACUUCCCCAAAAAAUCCCCCUCAUGAACCUGCGCCUCUGCCCAAACCUCCUGAGAAUAGACGGAGGUCAAGCUUGAGAAAUAAGGGACAGUCUGUUAAACCAGAAUUGCAAGAAGAACAACCUGUUAAACCGGAUGUACAAAGUAACCCUGUUAAACAAGAAAUGCAGAACGGGAAACUUGGUAAACAUGAAAUCCCAGAUAGAAAAACUGCUCAACAAGAAAUGAAUAAUGGUGAACGUCUAUAUACUGCAAAAGUGGAUGGUGUUUCAUCUUCCAAGCAUCAAAAUGUUAAACCCGAAGACGAUUCUCGCAAGAAAGGAUCUCUUUCACAUGAAUUAAAACAGAAUGAAAUAAGAACGAUACAGGAAACGAAAAUUAAAUCGGAUGUUCCUUCCUCGACCAGAAAUACGUCGAACACCAACCCCGAUGUAACUCACGCAAAAUCUGUCAAAUUAACAAAUGAACUGGGAGAUAAUUUAAUUAUUCCAAGCGGUUUCAGGAAAAUAACUGUGAGUAUAAAGAAAGGAGGUAACUCAACGCUUGGGAUUUCCUUGGUGCCGAGUUAUGGAAAAUUGAAAGGGUACUUUCAGGUAUGUUGGCUUUCAAUUCGUGUUAUUUUUUUGUCCUUAUUAUUUUGAAGAAGCUCUGAAGUCCCUAACCUAUCCCAGACCUUUUAUUUCCUAUUCUUGACAACCCAAUGCGCUUCCUAGUAAGUGAUACCAUUUCCACACCAUGCAAACCUAUCUGCGACCUGGGCUGAGUGGCCUCCUAUGAAGCCAUUUUUAGGUUAGCUUAUUACUAUGUUUAGUUUCAUAAACGAAUGUAUGGAAGCCUUGAGAAAUUACUGUUUGAAAACCGCUUGCAUGCAGUGGCGUCUGUUUAAUCGGUAAAGUACACCCGUACUCGCCCCCACCCUCGGCCACCCACCAACAAAAUUUUUCAUCGGCUUUUUUCACCAUACUGGAAACCACGUUUGUAACUAGUCAAGGUUGCUCCCCUCCCACCCAUCGUCAUUCAUGUGAAAUCACUGCUGUAAAAAAAAUCCUCCCCACCUCCGCCUCUCCCCACCCUGUGCUGUCUGACUUUUAACCAUAAAAACAAAAAUCCUGUUGAGCACAAACGCCGCAGUAAUUUUCAAGGAGUUAUAAUAACUCCUCUAGUGGGGUAGGAGUUUAACGAACUCUUUUUCAGGAGUGAAAAACACCCCAGAUAUUAAGGAGUUAAAAUAACCCCCAAAAAGGAGUUAUCCCUGUACCUAAAUUUUUCACUCCACUUUCAGAGUUAAAGUAACUCCAAAAAGAAUAAAAAUAACCCAUGUAAGGACUACAAAUAACCCCAUUUUGGGAGUUAUUUUAACUCUAGACUGGGAGUUAAGAGAACUCUUUUCCAGGAGUAAAAAUGACCCAAAUUUGGAGUUAAAUUAGGAGUUACAGUAACCCCCAAAAGGGGUUAUCCUGUACCUAAAAUUUUUACUCCAUUUUUGGAGUUAUAAUAACUCCGUAAAAAUUAAUGUGUGGAUAUGGAGAACACCUUGGCAUUGAGCAAAGCGAAUGCCUAGACUGUGGGUAGUCUCUUUUUAUUCAGCGCAGUAGAGACUCGGUAGGACUGGAGAGUUUUAAUUAGCCAAGAGGAGAACUUAACAGUUCUCUCGCCUCAGUCCCCCAGAGUCUCGAUUCGACAGAGUGAAAAGGGAAUGUUGGACUUGACCAGUCUCAGUCUCGUGACUGAAAAGGGAAUACCCGCAUUUUACGCCAUUGCAGUACUCUAACAGACAGUUGCACUCAGAGUGUAUCGCCCUGUGUUGUCUUACUUCGCAGAUUCGUAGAUUACUGUCUGGUAUGGUGUGUGCACAGGAUGGCCAGCUUCAAAUAGGUGACAGACUUGUUUCUGUUAACGGGGUGUCUUUGAAAGGCAUAACGCAUUCAAUGGCGUUACAGUUGCUAAAGAAACCAAUGGAAAUCGUCACAUUUGUUAUAUUACGAGAAGGUUUGGCAAAGGACGAGGAAAUAACCAGUGCCUCUACUAAUACGGAAAAGGAUUCCACCAUUCAAGCUUCUACAGCUACGCAAGUCAAGAGUAGGUUUCCUGAGUCUAAAGGUAGUCCUUCCGCUGACAGUUCCUUAUUGUCGCCAGUCAGUUUUGAAUCUCAGCGUGAUGAAUUUCUUCUCAAUUCUGUACCCUCACACAACAGUAGUAUUACUGAAAGACAGGAACAGAUACAAAUGGACAAUUUACAGGAGUUGCACGAUGUUUCCCACUCGGAUGCGUCUUUAGAGACUGGAAAAAAUAGGGAAUCUGCAAACAAAUCAGAUGAAAUUGAGUUAGGAAGCGAUGAAGAUGAGACAGUGUUAGGGAAUCCUCCAGCUUUGCCUUGUUCACCGCCACCUCCACCUCUUUUAGAUGCAGACGAAUUUUUAGAUCAACAUUUCUCCACCUCUUCUCCUGUGCCACCGUUUUCGCCCCCACCACCUCCCCCUGAAGGAGAUGUGGUUUCAUGUGAAGACGAACUGCAGAUGUCGUCUAUUCGCGUUGUUUCUCCACCUCCUGAACUUAGCCCAAGAAUGAAGGAAUUAAUUGAACAGGAUCUUUUUAGCACUGAAGUUUACCAAGAAACAAGUGAUGUAGAGUCUACUCGUAAUGAUGAGGCGUUCUUGGAUACCUCUUCUUUUGUUAACCAAACUGACGCUUUGGGUUUGAAUAUGAAAACCAAAGAUGAUACUUUGACCUCAGAGCAUGCGCUCAUCACGGAGUCGCCGUUGUCAUCAACAAAUUUACUGGCGUCACCUUUGUCUACCUUGCCUUUCUUUGAGAUUGAAAAAGAUAAACAGCCCGCCAUCAAUGGUAUUGCUACACCAUCUCGUGUAGUGGGUGUUGAUAAUGACUUGUCAUUAGGGCACUCGGUGAACACGGCUCCGAUUUCUGGACGUGAAAGUAGAGAUAAAAAGUUGGAGGAAAGGCAUCCAGAGGAGGAUAUUACAAGCUCAGUAUUACCAUUCGAUGUUGAAGACGCUGAAAGAGCCGACACUGCUAAGCCAGUAGAAGGGAGGCGAGUUGAAAAUGUCCCAUUUGUUAUCACAUACCAAAGAAAGUUUCGGGGCCUGGGUGUCAAAGUGGAUUUGUCAGGUGAAAGAAAAGUUCUGGUCACUGAAGUGUCAUCGUUUGGAAUGGUUGGAAGAGAUGGAAAUAUCAGGUACCGUCACAAAAAAAAAAGAUUAGCUUGAGAAAACUGCCAACACUUCGCGACACCACGAUUGGUUUACUCGCGAAAUGACGUCUGAGAAACGGGCGCAGAAAUUCCAUACUGAUGACGCGUCAGUAGUGGCGCGUCAUCAGUGUGGAAUUUCUGCGCUAGUUUCUCAGACGUCAUUUCGCGAGUAAACCAGUGGUGGUGUUACGAAAUGUUGGCGGUUUUCUCAGGCUAAAAAGAGAGAAGUGUCCUAAGUUUCAGGGGUACCAUAUUUAUUCGUUUAAACGUAGCCGGCGUACAAACGUCUCCUACUACAAAGGAAAUAGGACACGUAGGUUAGUUUAAACGCCGCGGCGUUGAUAAACUAUAAGUUUUUCCGAUGUGGCGUUUAUUCAAGGGCGGUGUUUACUUCAAAAUCACGUUUCUUAAAUCACCGACAACAAUUGCGGUAAAUCAUUUGUAAAUAUUAUGAAAAACCGUAAGAUGUUUAAAGUUGUCUAGAUGAUGUAGAUUACAAAGCUGUAACGAGUACAGUUUUUGUUUAAAAUCCCCAAAUUAACGCGGAGUUUAUUCGAGGGCGGCAGUUAUUGGUAAUCUUGCUUCCUUCUGCGGCAUUAAUGAGUAAAUACGGGAAAACGUUGAUAUGGGAUUACGUUCCUAGAUCGAAGUUUAUCAUCUUGUGUUCCCUGAGAACAGUUAUCAUAGAUAGAUAAAAAAGUGAGUAAACACUCAAAUUUGUGCACGCCAAAGGGCAACAGCACAAGAUCUAAGCUCCGAAUCCUGUUUAACCUUCUUACUCGACCCACGGUAUUAGAACUACUGAACCCCCUUCACAGUUUCGACAAGUUUAAUGAACUUUCUAUUUGGCAAAAUAUCAAAGGCAAUGUAGCACGCUAUGAAAAACUGCUUAUUAUAUUUUCCUGUUAAAUCACUUAAGAUUUUUUGUAAAAAAAGCAAUUGCACCAGUUAUUCGCAGGUUAAGUUAUUAAUUUCUGCUACGUUUCAUUAGAAAGUGUAAGGAUUUUUCUUGAAAUUGGCUUCAGUAAUCGGGCCUCCGCGGCCGUAUUUUUAUCACUUACUAUUCUAUCGUGACGAAGAAAUCGUUGAAGUUACGUUUCAUACAUUCCAAGUACUGAGGUUUACUUGUUUCUGUUAUCUGAAUGUCGCAUAUUUUACAUCCUAGAGUUGGAGAUAUGCUUCUGUCCAUCGGUGACACGCCACUGGAAGGACUCGACAUUGAAGUUGUUCAAGACAUUAUCAAAAACUGCCCGAGAGGAGAUGUCAGAAUUGUAGCCCGGGCAGGACAAAAAUCUCGAUCUGAUGCUGAUGAAGACUUCGUAGGUGACGAUGAAGUGUCUAUUUCAAAACUUAAAGUGGAACAAGAAUAUCAACCUGACUCGCUGCUAGACAACACAUUCCUGAAGACGCAGGUGGAGUUACCAAGGGAACUAGUCUUGCAAGAAACUCCACACCUAGGCAGUAAAAUAUUUUCAAACGCGGCUUCCUCUCGGAGUACGGAUGAGACGUUAACACAUGGUAUCACACCCCAGCGAAAUAUGGAAGUGGUUGAAGCACAGGACAGUGAAUCUGCCGUGGAAAACAGUGAUUUGGAAGUGUCUGAGUGUGAUGAUCUUCCUCCAUCCGUCCCACCACCCCCAGUUCCGGUAAACGACAUGCAGUUGGAAGGCUCCUCGCUGAUUGUAGAUGAGCCUGUCCUUGACAACGACGUGGAAGACAUUUCUUUGCGCCCUCCGUCAUUUUAUAAUGAUGCCUUUGUUGAUAAUCAAGGUGUCAAUUUGCCAGUGCUCGAUGAUUCUGAGGAAGAGGAUGCUCAAUUGAGGUCAACACAGGUUUCUCCUGUCAUUCCUGUGGUUUCUGAGCCUGUCAAUAAGUUAAGUUCGCCGGUCAACAAGGAAGCGUUCCACGUUGCAGAAUUAUCACCCCGAUUUCAGCAACAGCCUGUAAUGCCGCCUGAAGAGACUCAGCCUCAGGUUCCAGUUAGACCCCCUAGUUUGUUUGGAGAUGAUACUGAAAGCACAUCAGGGGCCUCUCCGUCAAAACCCGAACAAACGGCGCUUUAUGACGAUGCUCCUGAGGGUGGAGAACCGAUUAUCACAAUCAGACCACCAAGUUUGUUUAACGAUGACCUUGAGAGUCUGCCGCCCAAGCCACCAAGUUUAUUUGACGAUGACCUUCAAAGCCUCCCAGGGUCGUCCCGUACCCCUUCCCCACUAAGAGCAGAGAGUCAGUGCAGUGUUAACUAUGAAGUAGACACAGUUUCUUCAAACUCUUCCGCAACAAGUCAGUCGCCUUGGUUUAAACGAAAAUCUCCCAAACAAGCAAGGAAGGUUCAGCAAUUAAAUAUCACUCUAUCAGGAUCAGAACUCAGAUCGUCUUCUCCUUCUUUCAGCGGCACCGUCUCUGCAGUAGAUGUUGAUGAUCAACGUAGUGGUGAGUCAAUUGAACCAGAAGAUGUCCAGGAUGAUGAUAUGGCCAGCCUACCACCCGCUCCUCCGCCCCCAAGGUCACCAGUCAAUAGGUCUGCAAGUUGGUCUGUCAGAGCUUCUGAUACAAAGCCGCAUGGACAUCACGAAAUGCCUUACAUCAGUAGCCCCCUUCCAGCACCAACCAAGCCAGAACGGAAGAAUUCCAAGAAAAGGAUAUUACCUUUACGAAUAAGGUCAAAGAAGGGUCGGAAAUCUUCUGACGAGGCUGACCAGCAUGGUGAUGAUCACAAUAACGCCCUAACUCAGUCAGUCCAAGUAGGGUUUGACGAUCAUUCACAAUCAGUGACACAUGUUGAGCCGCCCGAAGAUGACAUGGAAAGCUUGCCACCUGCUCCCCCGCCACCUAGAAUGUCACCUUUGACUGUGCAGAGUUUAGAAAAUUUUGUUGAUGGAUUUCAACCAACGAACGUCCCGGAACAAAAACGUCUUUUAUCUCAGUUGGAGGAGCAAAGUGCCGGAAUUUCAACUGAUGGAGCUGUUUCCCGUUCAUCCCCUAGUCCAAAAAAGAAGAAAUCAUUUCGUAAACAUUUUGUACAGACAGAUUACAAGGAAUCCUUUUCUGAAUCGUCAAACCAAUCAUCCGUUCCAUCUGUGCCUGUCCUGAAGGCUGCGGUGGACACCUCAGUUAAGCAACUGAGUCCACAAGAAGAUGCUGCUGUCACUGAAUCUUCGGAUGCAAUGUCACCUCCUCCUCUGCCCCCUGAAAUGGAGCUGUGGUCAGAGGCUGGAUCGGCAGAAGCUGAGCUUGCUCUGCUGGACCAAAUAUUAAGCUUAGAAGACUCGUCCAGGUCAGGAAAUGAGCAAAGUAGCGAAGGUGGCAGCCCGAAUUCAUCUAAACGUGCACCAUUAUCAGAAAUUGUCCGGGAGGAAUCACCCACUAGAGAGGUGCAGGACGCGCCAACAAUUUCUAAAUUUCAAGAAGCAAAUAACGAAAGGGAACCAUUAGAGAACACCUUCGCGGCAGUCACUCUUACAGCAUCACCACCAGUGCAUACAGACUUGCCCGAGGGCUCCCUUCCCCAAAGUGAUGUCGCCGACAGUUCUGAUUCUGGAGCUGUUGCUGUUGAUUCUAGCAGUUCUUUAGCUAAUGAAAAGUCACGUCAAGGUUUGCCUGGUAGGUUAUCAAAACAGCAGAGUGAAGAUCGUGACAGUGUGAAGGUGAUCAAGCAAAGAAGGCCAGCCCCACCUGUUCCUACAGCCCCUCGGGCCCAGAAUAAAACUGGUAGCGUUUCUAGGAAACCAUUUCCACCAGGUUUAGGCGUAGAAGUACUUCCUUCUAUGCCUCACAUCAACCCUAAAGCUGCUCCUUCAUCACAGCAGCCUGUACCCAGUCAUCAGAAAGAGCAGAAGAUAACCUCGCCAUCUAAGGAAAAGAAAAAGCUGUUCUCUAAAAGCCAUAAAAACAAGCAGAAGCAACCGGAUUAUCUCGAGUCACCAGACACAUCAUUUGAUGAAAAGCCAGCUGGACGUGAACGAUCGCGGUCGUGGACUCAGAAACUCUUCGGGUUUCGCAGUAGAAGCAAGAGUCGGGACAAAGUUAAAGAGCGCGGGGAUAGGGGUCGUCAAGGUGACAGGAGUCGAUCAGUGUCACCCCCAAGAGGACUAUUUUCCAAAUCGAAGAGAUCUUCUUUACCACGAUCCACGCCACCUUUACCUCCCCCCUCGGUGAAGAAGGUGUCCGUAAUGAAAGAUGAAGUUCAGAGCGAACUAGGCGAGGAUGGAAGUGAGCAUUAUGAGACUGUAGAAAAGAGAGGUAGAGCCUUACAUCCACAAACGUCUUUGGAGCUGAAUAAGCAUCCGUUGCCGUCUGAAGAAAACAACAACAAAUCCGAAAUGUCAGCUGAAGAUGAUUCUGUUCGUCAUACUGAAGACGAUCAUGUAGCAAAUGCCGAAGUGUACAUUUACGAUGUAGUCUCAAGAGAGCCAGCUGAAUCUUACCAAACUGAAGGAGAAAAUCAUCGUUUUGCUCAAGAAGGAAAUGCCUUGUAUGAUAUUGAAAAAGAGACGACGGGCUUUGCAGUGGAAUGUGAAGUUGAGGCGGACCCUUCUGUUAAUUCUGACCUGGAUACAUCAAAACCAACUAAACCACUCCCAAUACCUCCUGUCAGGACCCGUGAUGAAACUAGCCGUGUUAACGAGGACGAGAAAGAUAACGUUGCCGAUGAGUUGCUAAAAAAACUGAUUUCCAAACCGUCCGUACCAAGGAAGCCAUUGUUGUUUAAAUUGGAUAGCAAACCAGACAAUCAACAACAGAGAACUGUAGAAGAACUAAAACAAAACUUCAACGCUCCUUCUUCUGAUGCUGAAGGAAUAGAAGGAGCACCCAACACCUCGGAGAAACUCGGAUUUGAGAUACAUGAUUUAGAAAUACAAGGGCCCUUAAAUAGUAAUGAGAAUCCGCCGUCUCCAGGCCCUCCGAAGUUUAAACCUGUGCCACCACCCUUGGUGUUACAUGGAAAUGCGAAUCUGAGGCAAAUGGAUGAUAGAAAGCCUGCUUGUCCGAACUCCCCUGGGCCUCCAAAGUUUAAACCUGUUCCACCUCCGUUAUCGUUGAAGACAAACACGAUGUCAAGUGCUGAACGAAACGAAGAAGCAUCUACUUAUCUUAACUCUCCAGGUCCUCCGCGAUUUAAACCAGAGCCCCCUCCUCUGCACUUGAAAAACGACACUAAGGAUCGUCCCAGUUGGCCUGAUCAACCGCAUUUCAAACCGUUACCUCCACUUCCCGUAUCUGCCACAAUAAGUACGAGCUUAGAUGACGACAAUAAAAUACGGGAAACCCUUGGUCAGGAUAUUCCUGUGAAAAACAACGAAGUGCCUGGAUUACAGAUUGUCACGAAAAGGCAAAUGAAGCCGUUACCUCCCGUACCCACUGGUUUUGCUCUUAAGACAGAGAAUAAUACGGAUGCUUCCAAGCUUUCCUUAUCAAGGCAAGAUGCUCAAGAUGAGUACGAUACUGAAGCUGACAUCAAGCUGGGUACUUCGCAAUACCAAUCAGAGUUUUCACAGACUGACUACAAAGACGAAAAUGCAAACUUUCAAAUAGGAGAGCCAUUGAUUGCGCAACAUCUCUCUGAUCCUCUCAAAACAUCUAACAGUGACGACCUAGAGAGCUCAGACUUCUCGUCUGAAUGGGACGAAACAUGUAGUUCAACUCAAGAAGAUCAUGGCUUGCCUAUGCAUGGUAUCAAGGUCGCGCGAAGUGCUAGUUUCUCGGCUGGGGACCACCAUGUUGAGCAGGAAAAGUUUCUAGACAACCCGAAAACUCCCGCCUCUGUUAGCUUCAAACGUCCUCCGCCGCCGAUGCGAAGGCGAUCAUCCUCUCUACCUCAAUUGUUCCUAGACUCGGACCCCUCCAAAGCGAGAUCCGAUGCGAGAAAUUACUGGCAUACUGGAAACCUACAGGAACUGAUCAACAGUAGGAAUCAGGAGCCUGACGUAGAUGAAGGGAUCAUCGAGGUGCAGGUAGGCGAAAGGAACUUUGUUUUUUCAAAUUAUGGAGAACUAGUUUUUAUUGACAAAUUAUCGCCAAACUAUAAUAAGGAGCUGAAGGAAAGACCUUUUUCAGCGACGUACGUCAAGCGAAAGUGAGGCGUUCUCCCUGUUAAUACGCCGCUACCAAACUUGUAUUGCUAAGUGUCUUUACUCUUGUGGACACGGUUUGCCCAGCCUGUUCACAGACCCUCUAUUUUCUCUUUAAAGUCCGUCGAGUGCGCGUGAUAAAAAAUGAAAACCGCGGGGGAUUUAUUGACUGCCAGCGCAAGGGGGUAGGGGUGGGGGAAGAAGAAAAUUAGUUACUUUUCCUUCUCGAGCUCUGCGCUGGUUAUUGCGCGCUCGCCAAUGUUUUCAAAAAGAACAAAAAGAAAAAUAAAACAACGUCUCCCUGUGUACAGAUUAUGCUUUGCCCGAAAAUUUGAGCAAAACCACUGCCCAAGAAUGCAACAAUUCCACUUUCGGUUUGUGUGCAUCGCUCAAAAAGGUCUUUUGUUAAGCUCCCUGAUGUAGAGCAUAGACAAUGAAAAUAAAUGUAAAAAGUACGUCGGCGAUAACGUGCGAUAUUAUAAAGUUGAAAGUGGAUUUUAGAAAAAUGUGGCAACGUCUUGACCGUUUUUUGUUUUAUCAGCGCAAAUAUCGUUAGCUCUUUUAUCAAUUCUGGUGUCGAGCAAUCUACAUAAAAACUUCAGGAGUAUUUGUGUUUAUGUUCUGACUCGAUUAUUUCAGUCCACAAAAUAAGAAGUUGGGUUUAUCACUUAACAUAAAGUAUACAUUAAAACACUGCUUAGUGGCCUACAUUUGUAUGACUUAGGUUGCCCCUGGCCCAGGGUAGGAAAUAUUAUCCAGGUAGUAAUUUCCUUUAAAGGGGGAUUCAUCCAAGUAUUUCUAGUAACCUAUGUUGAUCGGUGUUCAUACAUUGCAGCUUCUGAAAGAACAGCAAUCGAUAGGCCUCAUGGUUGUUGGUGGGCUAGACACCCACCUUGGUAUGCUUUACAUCAAGGAUAUUACACCUAACUCUCCAGCCGCCAAUUGCAACCGUUUAAGAAUUGGGGACCAGCUGUUACAGGUGAAUGAUAACUGCCUUGUAGGAGUGACUCAUGGUGAGGCGUUGAACAUUCUAAAGAACACACCACCGUUGGUCAAACUCACGUUGGCAAGGAAGCAAAACGGCGACAGUAAUGUUCUUGAACUGGAAGCCGAACGAAGGCGAAUUUCAGAUUUUGAAGAACCAAUAGUAAAUCAAGCCCGUCAGUCCAGCACAGUUUCAAAGACCUCGCAAGAAUUGUCCUUCAGCCCACCACCUGAGAGAGGCCAACGCCCCAAGUCAGUCAUUAGCAUGUCUUCAUUUGGCUCCCCUCUCAGUGAUGAUCUGUCUCCCACCGCGUCUCUGUAUGGCUCAUUUGACGAGCCCGAGGAGUACGUCCCUGCUUAUCUGGAGCGUGAGAGUCCAACUCUCAACUUACGUCAAGAUGAUGUACCGGUGACUGUCAUUGAUGGCAUUCCAGGCGAAGACAGUGAUGCCACAGAAGAGGAGGAGCCCAAGUCUGUCAGUAAGAGCGUGAGCUGGGCUGUUAGUGACGCACAAAGUGAGGUGUUUACUGUAGAAAUCCUGAAAAAUGGUCGCGUUGGACUAGGGAUGAGCGUUAGCGGUGGAGUUGACACACCUUACGAUGACAUCAUGGUGAGCAUCUCCUAAUCCUUUAAGCCCCAAUAUCCACAUGCAAAUUCUCCAGGCUGAUCUGCAUACUUUUUUUAAACAGUUGGGUGGGAGGAUUUGAUAAAAGAUCAAGGAUUUUCCCUUUGGUGAUCAUUUUAUGAAAUUAUCAUUACCUUUUCUCUAGACAGUAGAUGAUGUAUGGAUAUUGACUCUUAGGACUGGAGAUGUUCUCGUUAUUCCUUAGUUCAGUCCUCUGCUGAUCUCAGUCAACUAUUCUUUUACUUGGGUUUCUUAGAGAAGCUAUGCCACAAGGAUGGUACAGUUUUAGGUCAAUUCCGUGCUGAGGUCAUUUCUUAGUGCCCUUAACCAUACGCAAAAUGCUCCUACAGAGAUAUGAAGCAGACAUCAAACAACACUCGUCAUGGAGCACUAACCAUAAUAAUUGUUUUGGUGAUUUUGCUGGCAUAGCAUUAAAACUUGAAAACGUUGGGUUAAUGUUUUCACGAAUCCAUGUCCAUCUUUGCCAUCCAUCGCGAGAGGCAGCAUGAAACAGUUUCGAUGCCUAAAUAUAGCCUGAAAUAACAAAACUGGAACAUUAUUUUUGGGAUUCAUUGAUGCGAAGACAAGUAUUGGCUUUUUGAAAAGAUAGCAAAUAGCGUGACGUGGCCCCUUUACCUUCGUUAUAUUUGUUUCAGCCAUUUGCUCUGCACCACUUGCCUUUGGGCUAUAAAUACUGUCUUUGGUAAAUAAUUGUUCUUUUUUAUUGUGUUAUUUAUUUAUUAUUUUGUUUUCAGGUUCGUCAGAUCCUGUCAAAUAGCGUGACAGCUCAAAAUGGACUCAUCAAGAAAGGUGACAUCCUUCUGUCUGUUAACGGCAAGUCGUUUAAAGGAUUAACAAACACGGAAGCCUUAACUCUUCUUAAAAACACCACCGAUCGGGUCACACUUGUCGUUUGCCGACCAGUGGGAUCUAAACACCACGGGAGAUUGGCUGCUAACGGGGAGAUCUUCUCAGACUCAGAUGCUUGGCCAACAAAAGAGGAGAUGACCAAGAAAAAGAACUUGGCAAAUACAACGAACAGCACACUGCCGACUCUUGAAAAAAUACCACUGGAUCUCACUAAACAGAAUGGAGAGAGCUCCACGUAUGAUCGCCUUAAGAAGAGAUUAUUCUCUAACGGUGGUUCCAAGAGUUUGAAGGAAAGGCUUCAAAAGGCUCCUCAGGGACCCUACGUGACUGAGAUCACUUUGGAAAAGGGGGCCUCUGGAUUAGGGUUCUCUCUGGGUGGGGGCCAGGACUCGCUGUAUGGCGAUGCCCCUAUUCAUGUGCGCUACGUGUUUAAAGACAGUGUCGCAGGCAGGAGUGGAAAACUGAAACCCGGAGAUGAGAUAUUAGAAGUUAAUGGACAGCGAGUGGCAUAUAUGACGAGCGUGGACGCCCUUGAACUGAUCAGAAGAUUACCUUAUGGACCGGUGGUAAUGAAGAUACGUCGGAAAUAGCACUGAAUCUGAAAUGAAAGAUUGUUAGUACUUUAGGUUAAUUACGUUUCCAGGGGAAAAAUGGUUUUCCUGGAUGGCAAUUGAAUGUGAUUGGAUUGGGUGGUUUUGUGUAUUCAGUUUUACAGACACUGUGCAGAAGUAUGCAUAAAUUGGUAGAUUAUCUUGAAGCGGACAAUUAACAUUACAAGAUUUUUUAAAAUAUUAUGCUAAAGCUGCUUAACCGUUGUCAUGGUAUAGGUAUGGUUGAUUCGUUCGUUUUAAAACCGCAUAUGUUUUAUCUGGAUUUGUGUGGAUGAGGUAUUAACCCGGGGUUAAAUUUUAACCUGGGUUCCUCUUUCUUUUGUUUAAAAGUAUUUUCUUGGAUAAAUUUUUCUUUACUUUUUAGAGCAUCCAAUCAUCAAAUUGUAGGCAAUAGGGAUUAAAUUGAAUUUGCUUUUUAAGCUUUCAUAUCUGAAUUCAAAUUUGGCACUAACCUUGGGUUAUCUUAAGCCUGCCUUGAACAACCCAGCCCAUCUGGAGAACGGUUUCAAAACAGUGCGGUUUCGGUGUCCGGAUUCACUGGGUUCGUGUGGACGGAAGGCUGAUUCGUGUAAAAAACGUCUGCGGUUUCUAACAUAUCUGGAUUUUUCUGGACGUAGCCCAAUAUAGCGUUUUCACAAGACGUCACGGCGGCCAUAUUGGUGUUCUAAAACAAUGAAACGGCGGCCAUGUUGGUGCACCAGGACAAUCCUGUGGGAGUUGAACUCUUUUCUUAUGCAAAGGCUUUCUUUUGUUCCAAUACAUUUGCAUAGAUGCUGGC